AUGGAGAAGCAGCCUUUGCCAACUGACGACGACAAGACAGAAACCACAGACGCCGAGCUCAAUGGCUACGCCGCUGAGGCGAGCCAGCAGGGCUCGACUGAGCCUGCCGCUCGAGCAGGAUGGAACAGUAAAGUAGAAUAUUUUUUGGCUCAGGUUGGAUUCAGCGUUGGGCUCGGAAACGUCUGGAGGUUUCCAUAUUUGUGCCAUCAAAAUGGAGGCGGAGCCUUUCUCUUACUGUAUGUGCUGCUGAUGCUGGUUGUGGGCAUUCCCUUAUUCUUCCUGGAGCUGGCAGCCGGUCAGGCCAUCCGACAAGGCAGCAUCGGAGUGUGGAGGUACAUCUCACCCAGGCUUGCAGGAAUUGGCUACUCCAGCUGUGUGGUGUGUUUCUUCGUGGCGCUCUACUACAAUGUGAUCCUUGCAUGGAGUCUUUUCUAUCUCGGGAACUCAUUCCAGUACCCUUUACCUUGGGAACAGUGUCCAAAACAGGGGAAUGUAACAGUAAAAGAAUGUGAAAAGAGCUCCCCCACAUCGUAUUUCUGGUACCGCAAAGCUUUGGAUGUCACAGACUCGAUUGAUGAGACGGGCUCUUUCAACACUUACAUCGUCUGCUGUCUGCUGGCGGCCUGGACCGUUGUGUGCCUGGGAAUGUUCAAGGGUAUCAAGAGCUCUGUCAAGGUGAUGUAUUUCUCCUCCAUCUUCCCUUAUGUGGUGCUGUUCUGCUUCCUCAUUCGAGGACUCAUGCUGGAUGGGGCCUUAGAGGGAAUCUCCUACAUGUUCUACCCCAAGCUGGAAAUUUGGGCAGACAUACAGGUGUGGCGGCAGGCAGCAACGCAGGUCUUCUUCGCCUUAGGCCUUGGCUUCGGAUCCAUUAUCGCCUACUCCUCUUACAAUCCCAAAAACAACAACUGCCACCGUGAUGCCUUCACUGUCUCUGCUAUAAACUUCCUCACAUCUGUGCUAGCCACUCUAGUGGUGUUUGCUGUGCUCGGCUUCCGUGCCAAAGGAAAAGUUGUGGAAUGUGUAGUCAGUAAUAUGGAGAAGUUCUCAGAUCAUCUUCAUAGUGGUGAUGUGGACACAAACCUGAUUCCACACUUCAAUUUUUCUGAUCCCCAUUCUGUGUCUGUCGAGGACUACACUGUCUGGUUUAAACAGCAUGGACAUAAUGUCCCUGGCAAUUUAACAGAGUGUGACCUGGAAAAAGAGAUGCAGAAGGGUGUGGAGGGCACAGGUCUUGCUUUUAUUGCCUUCACAGAGGCCAUGUCACUCCUGCCUGGCAGCCCGUUUUGGUCAGCGCUCUUUUUCCUCAUGCUGCUCAACUUAGGACUCAGCACCAUGUUUGGCACUAUGGAGGGUAUCCUCGCCCCACUCACUGACCGCUUCAAAACUCUGGCCAACAACAAGACCAAACUCACAAUUUUCAGCUGCAUCAUUGGCUUUCUGAUUGGCCUGCUCUUCACCCAACGUUGUGGCAAUUACUUUGUGAUGAUGUUCGAUGAUUACUCUGCCACUCUGCCCCUCAUCAUUGUGGUGGUUUUUGAGACCUUCAGUGUGUCUUGGUUAUAUGGAGCUGAUAGGUUCCUUGAUGACAUUGAAGGGAUGCUGGGCUGGCGUCCCCAUGUGAUUUACAAGUACCUGUGGAAAUACAUCUGCCUUCUUGCUAUGCUGGGGCUGCUGGCAGCCACCACCAUCCGUAUGUUCAUCACACGCCCCACUUAUAUGGCAUGGAACCAAGACAAGGCUUCUGAAGAGUACCUGAAGUACCCCGGCUGGGCUCUGGCUGUUAUGGCUCUAUUGAUCAUAUUUGCCAUGAUGCCCGUCCCAGUGGCAUUGAUCCAUGCUGUUCUCCAGGACAGAACAAAGCGAACAUCCAGAGAUACAGAGAAUGGUCAGUACAGUAUAGUUAACACGGAUGACAAGUGUGAAACCCCAAUGACCGACAUGUCAGACCUGGACCAAAGGAGCACGACCGCUGCUUCCUUUUCUUAAACAUUGGACAUGAUGUUACAGUGUGGAAUUGGAUGUACGCAGUCAAAGUCUUCAGUUCAGUUCAGUUAUCUUUGCUAGCUUUUAGUGCAGCUGUAGCACAGAGAGCAACUGUGUGACUAUAUUAUAUUCCUUAUUUGAGUAUGUAAAAACUUUUCCCACUUGAAUUUCAAACAUAUCCAGAGGAUAAUACCCUCUUUUUAAAAUAUGACAAAUACACUUUUGUUUUGUAAUAUGGAAAAUAUGGAACAAAUUACUGCUGCGUGGUAACCACGAGGUAGAAUUUCUUAUUGUUGAUUGUUACAGUUAGUUGUUGUCCAAAUGUGCAAAAACAAUGUUUCUGAGUUGUCAGAAUAAGCCAUAGACAUCACAGCAUGUCUUUGCCUUUUUAGUUAUGCAGUACAGCAUUUGUAAAAUAUUCAGCUCUUUAUUCGUCCUUUUUUCUUUUCACUUUUAUUAAAGCACUCGUGUCAUUAUUUCAAGAAUCCAAUCAUGCCACUGUGACAGUGAAUGUCCCCAAAAUGCAGAAUUACAGCUAAUUGAGUUAUGAUUUGAGUUACAAUGUAAAAAAACUGAGCCUGAAUUAAAACAGGAUAAUCAUGGCAUUGUGAGACUGUUACAUCAGAAAAGAGUUAAUUCAGGGGGGUUGAUACUAAGCACAGCUAUUGGGUGCAGUGUUAAUGCUAAAUACUACACAGAAGUCAUUUAACUAUGUUUACAAGUGAAAAACCACACGAGUGACUUCAGUAUCAACUGUACGUGUACUGUCUGUUUGCAGGUGUAUUGUGCAGCCACACAGUUCAUACUACAUGUAUGUUAAAAUGCAUAUUAUGUCACGUAUGUCUGUUCAAACCAACCUGAGAUCCAACAGCUGAUAUACAGUAUCUGAGGAUAAUGCUUUUGGCUUCCUAUUUAUUCGUAAAUUAUCAGACUCUUAAUGUUUCCGUCAUCCUGUUAUGUGGAUUUCUGUGAUGUCACAUUAGCAACAAAGCCAGUGUAUUCGGGGCGGGGAUCAGCCCUACAGUGUUGUGUAUCACACGGGAACAAGGAUUGUCGUCCUGCCUGCGGUCUGAUUCUUGUGGAACUGGUGUGUCAAAUGACAACAUAGGCAAAAUCCUAUUUGUAAUGUAAAUAUGUAUAUAGCACAAGUAAAAGCUCAUUAAGAGCAUGUGUAAUUGAAAAUGUCUUCGUUUUAGAAUUAUUGAAAAUUUGCAUGACACAUUGUUUUGGGUAUAGGAGGAAACUAGUUGCAUGUUUGGCAAAUGACUCCGUUACUUUGGAUUUUAUGUGGAUGUAAUUAAGGUGUUUAUUUUGUAAAAUUAUUUUUUUAGAUUUAAUUGUUUGGUCAUAAUUGUCUUGUUUGUGGUAGUCAUUUUCCUAAGGUGUAAUUUUUUUUUACAUUUUCACUGGAUCACUAUCAAAAUGAAUCAACCUUAAAUGCUGUUGAAUGUUUGUACUGAAACUAAGUGCCUGCAUAUUUAAUGAGGCUGAUUGAACAAAAUCAAAAAUGUAUUGUUUUAAAAAGACAUUACUUUUUAUAGAUUCCCUUUUUAAUAGUGUAUGUAGUCUGUAUAAAAUGAUUUUUUGAGAAAAUGUAAUAUAAUGCCAUUGCAAUGUAAUAUAUUUUGCUAUUUUAUUAAAGGUUUUUCUUUCAGCA